AUGGGCUUCAAGGUGCAACCCUUCUUCCGCUACGAACCUCUCGAUCAUUCUCAUGACUCUUUCCGUCUUUGCAGGCUCCUCUCUGGCGUCGGGGACACUCCAAUACACUGCGAGCUCACCCACGAAACCAUUUCCGCUCAGACUGACUGCUACAAUGCGCUGUCAUACACCUGGGGUAGUGCGACAGAACAGCGCUGGAUUCGUUUGAAUGGAAAACCAUAUCAUGUUCAGCCCAGCCUUAUGCACGCGCUCAAUGCCAUCCGAAGGAGUGAUGAAGCGGUUACAAUCUGGAUUGAUGCUAUUUGCAUCAACCAAGGAGUGACUUCAGAGCGAAACCAUCAAGUUGCCAUGAUGGGUGAUAUUUAUCGAAACGCGAAAUGCGUCCUGGCCUGGCUGGGUCCAGCGGCGGAUGAUAGUGAUGCAUACUUCGACUACUUAGAGCGCUUAGGGACCGCCGAGGGAGACGAAAAGAAGAGAAUUGAGGAGACAGGGAAACGUGCUGUAGUCUUCCUGAACAAACGACCGUACUGGCGCCGCGCCUGGAUCAAGCAAGAACUCAUCCUCGCCCAGGACAUCACCAUUUACUGCGGAUCUAGGUCUCACGCGACGGAAUCCUUUUUCUGGUUCGCAAGUAUAUUAACCAUAGACGAGGUUUAUGGUUACGACGACUACAUUUCCAGGAUAUAUUUGCACAGGACUACCAACAGAAACGGGGAACGUGAGACACUGGAACAAUUGUUACACAGAUAUGCCAAUUCUGAGUGCUCCAAUCGUCUUGAUCGGGUCUUUGCGCUGUUGUCGAUGGCUUCGGAUUGCAUGGGGAUGGAGAGUAGGCUCGUGGACUACGGCCUUAGUCCGUCAGCGUUGUUCUUUGCGUUGAUUGCUCAUUUCGAGCCCUCGAACGUUUUGUCAUUCGCUACAAUCCUACAAGAUGUAUUAGACGUGCGUCGAGUUGAGCUUCAGGAAUACAUGUCCUCAGUAUCUGGAGACAUCACUCGCGAGCUUCCCUCCCCCAUGGAAUAG